AUGGGGGGGCUGAAACGGCCGCGGGCGGCUCGGGCCGGGCCCGUGUCGGUGCCGGCCCUGCGGGACUCGGGCUCGGUGCCCCGGGGCUCCAGGGACCUGUCGGUGCCGGCCCUGCGGUUCUCGGUGCCCCUCGCCCACGGCUCACCCUCGGUGCCGCUCCGGCUCUCGGCGCUCAGCAUGUCCCAGGCCACUUACAUCAAGAUGUGGGCAGACACCCAGAGAGAGCUGGACACCAUGCUCCAGAGAGAAAGAGAGGAGUUCCUCGAGCCAGAGGAGGACCGUGAGAAAGCGAUGAAGAUGUUGGCCACUGCCUACAUCCAAUAUCUGGAAAUCUUCCGGAAGCUGGAGGCGGCCCACGACCACCUCAUCCACCAGCAGAAGCGGGCGGCGGUUCGGCAGGUGCUGGAUGGGGUCAUCGGCCGCAUCCUGGAGAUCAAGAAAGAGAUGGUGGCCCUGGAGAACUCGGAGUGUCACUGCCUGGACGGCAUCCUGAUGGAUCUGAAGCGUGUCCCGGAAGACAUAGAAAUACCCAUCCCAAAGUAUUUUGUGAAAGAAAACCUGAGAAUCCUGCAGGAGAGGGAGAAAUACCUGCAUGAGAUUUUGCUGAAUGCUGGUUUGCUAGAGCAGGAACCUGUCACAGCCAUGACACUUGAAGAGGGCAUUAAAGUGAUCCAGGUGGCAGAACGGGCUCGCCAGGGCCGCGCUCGAGCAGCCUUCAUGAGGAGAAUUUACCUUGAAGAGAAAAGACAAAGUAAAAAAGAGGAGCAAGAGAUGGGCAAAAGUCCAGAUGAUGCUGCCACUUGCAUUCAAAAGGUCUGGCGUGGGUACAGCCAGCGCAAGAAAACAGAGAAGCUGAGGGAGGAGGAAAUGGUAUUUCUGGGCAUGAGCCUGCCUCCUGAAUUGGAGGCAAUAAGCAGUUUGCAGAAAGCAAAUGUCCUGCAAGGUGAAGUCCAGGAAAGAGAGGACUUAGACUUCAGGCCUGAGCUGAGGAAAACAGAGGGGCCCCACAUCAAGGAAACCCUCCAGGACCAGAUCACCCAGUGCUUCCUCGAGUGCCGGCAUAUCACAGGCAGGUUUCCUGACUAUCCCCCUGAGAGGACAGGUGGUUCCAAGGCUAUUUUUAUUGAAAAACAUCCAGAGCAGGUCGCUGAAGAGCUGGCUGCCAAAAGGGAGGCAGAGAAAAAAGAGAAGGAGAAGAAUGGGAAAAAAGAGAAACAAGCGGUCAAAGCGAAAAAGCCAGAAAAAGUUGGAAAGCAAGUAGUGGAUCUAAGAUGGAAAAUUGGUCCAAGCAAUUUCCUGUCGAUACUGGAGGAAGGAAGCUCUCAGUACCAAGUCUUUUGGGAGAACAGAGAUAACAGAUGGGAUUUUCUCCAGGAUCAUGACCCGGAGCUGAUCAAAGGAGGGGAACGGGAAGAAGUGGAGGAAGAGAUCAGAGUGCAGGUCGAUGAAGUGAUGCAGGAGAAACUGCUGAAGAUCAAACAGGCUGUGGAUGGAGAGACAGGUCCUCAGAGUAAAGCUGGGAAAGGUGAAAAGGGAAGCAAGACACCUGCGAAGAAAAAGAUACCAGAGCUGGAGAGAGAUCUGACUCCUGACAGGACCAUUGAUUCCCUGUACCAGGAACUUGCAGAAGAAGGAUUGCUCAUCAGAGUCAAGAACGUGAAUCUCUCUGACUACAUUGGUAAAGUACCCCUCUUACAGCAAACGUGGUGUUUGAUCCAACCUCCAGCCAUUCCACCUCCACUCACCCCCAUUUCAGUCAAGCAAGUUCAAGAGUCGCUGCACUUUGAAUACCUAAAGCCAGGCUACUAUGACUGUCUGAGGAACAUCCUCCGUGGGACAGGUGCCCAGCCCAUGCCCUCCAUCCCAGAAGUCAGACAGCUGGUGACACUCUAUGGAAUAUUGCCCUUGGGUUCCCAGAUCGUCCAUGAGAAUGCUCCUUUGGUGAAAUCCCUGUUGCUGGCAGGACCUGCUGGUGUUGGGAAGAAAAUGUUGGUCCAUGCCAUCUGCACAGAAACAGGAGCCAACCUCUUCAACCUCUCUCCUUCCAACAUUGCUGGGAAGUGUCCAGGCAGGGAUGAUGUCAUAAUGAUGCUUCACAUGGUUCUCAAGGUGGGCAAGGAACUGCAGCCUUCAGUCGUGUGGAUUGGAGACACAGAGAAAAUGUUUCCCAAAGGGGCACCGAAGGGAGAAGAAGAGGUGAGUGCCAAACGCCUGGCGAAGUUCCUGCCCCAGUUCCUGAGGGCUCUGAAGCCCAACCACAGGGUGCUGCUCGUGGGGACCACCAGCAAGCCCUACAGUGCCAAUAUGGGACCUUUCUUCAAAGUUUACCAGAAAAUCAUUCUCCUUCCGAAGCCUGACUACCUGACAAGAUUUGCACUCUGGAAGCACUACAUCCUGCAGGCUGGUGGGGCCCUCAGCCAGCAGGUGAACCUCAACUGCCUGGCCCAGGUGUCGGAUGGCUUCACCCAGGGACACGUUGUGGACGUGGUGCACACUGUGCUCACCGAGCUGAGGCUGCUGCAGAUGGCCAGGAAGCCACUGAGGACUGCUGAGUUUGUCACUUCUCUGGCCAGACACGACCCAGUGUACAAAGAGGAGGAGGAAAUGUUUCAGGCCUGGUAUGCCAAGACACCGAUUGGGAAAGCAUGGAGCGCAGCACAGGAAGCAAAGGAAGAAGAAAAAGAAAAAGGAAAGAAAGGAAAAGGGAAAAAGUAA